AUGCCUCAGUCUAAUGCCACAUUUCAACCGGCUGUCUUCAUCCUUACUGGCCUCAGAGGGUUGGGGGGUGCACGCCUGUGGCUGGGCCCACUUUUUAGUUUGAUGUACAUCACUACAAUGGUGGGGAACUUCAUAGUGUUAUACUUGGUGAAGAAUGAACGCAGUCUACAGGAGCCCCAGUACUUUUUCUUGUCCAUGUUGGCUGGAGCUGACAUCAUGCUGUCUGUUUCCACACUUCUUUCUGUGCUCAAGGUCUUUAUCCUUGGCCUCUGUGAAAUUGCAUUCAAUGAUUGCCUUAGCCAACUUUUCUUCAUUCAUACAUUCUCUUCCAUGGGUUCAGGAAUUCUGUUGGCCAUGGCUUUUGACCGUUAUAUGGCUAUCAGUCACCCCUUACAAUAUACCUCCAUCCUCACUGACUCAUGCAUUACCAAAAUGGGACUGAUUGCUCUUAUGAGGGGUGUAGCUCUCAUGAUUCCACUCCCUAUCUUGCUUAAGAGACUUCCUUUUUGCAAGGGACAGACACUUUCCUAUUCCUACUGCAUCCACCCAGAUGUCAUGAAGUUAGCUUGUGGCCAAGUCAAAAUUAAUAUUUUGUAUGGGAUGGUUCUAGUUAUCUGUUCCUUUGGAUUUGACUUCUUAUUUAUAGUCAUUUCCUAUGUGAUGAUAUUCCAAGCAGUACUGAACAUCGCAUCCAGAGAAGGCCAGAUGAAGGCACUCAACACUUGUUUUUCCCACAUCUUUAUUGUCCUUAUUUAUUAUGGACCUCACCUAGCAGUAACUGUGAUGCAUCGAAUCACUCACAGAAGUUCUCCAUUAACACUUGCUGUCCUGGGAAAUAUUUACCUCUUCAUGCCACCAAUGCUCAACCCAAUUGUGUACAGCCUGAAGACAAAACAAAUCCGUGAAGCCCUAAGAAAAUCUUUGAAAAUCCAAAGAAAAUGA